AUGUUCCCGGGGAGGAGGCUGCAAGGACUCACGCCGCGUUUCCACGGCCCCCGGCUGGAGCAGCGCCCGGAGAAGGCCGAGAGGGCCGGCAGCCUUCUGGAAGGUCCUGGCACCCAGGACUCCAGCGCUGGCGCGAACAAGGCUAAGGAGAAGGUGUGGUUACACCCCAGCCUGAAAGAAAGCGCAUUUGUCAGAGGCAAAAGGACCUCGGCCCUCCCAGAGAGAUCUUCCCAGAAGACCCAGCCCUCUUCUGCACAAGAAAAGGUUCAUCGACUCAACAAGAAAAAUGCCGAGAAGACCAAAGUCUCUCUCACUCCGGGGAGUCUCGGCACAGCGAGCCCACGAGACCGGGGAGGCAUCUCUGCUCCCAGGGACGCCACAAAGCCAAGAGAGAGGCUAGAAGGGAGAGACAUCUCAGGCCCCGAGAGACUGGGGAGGCAAGACGGGGAUGAGAGAAAGACUUCCGGGGCGGACAGUGAGAACCUGGUGUUCCCAGGACAGAAAAACGGGCUUCCCUCUGCUGAAGACACCCGGGGAAGAGAAGCUGAGAAAAACGGAGCAACAGCGGCGGCCAGUGAGCACGAGCCGGAUGAGAGCUGGAAGGGAAAGCAGUCCGGCAGCCAGAGUAACGGGGAUCAAGUCUAUGAAAGGUGUCUCAGCGGUGUCAAGGCCAUUUCUACCCUACGGACCCCAGGAAGCCCUGCCGGAGGACCCUGUUUCCAGCAAACAGAGCCCACAGAACCAGCCGGCCACAGCAAGCGCAGGGGCACGGAGGAGAGAGCCAGCAACGAGGACAGCAAGAAGAGCAAGACAGAUGCGGCCUCUCAGAGGACCCAGGAUCCCUGCCCAGCUCAUGAGAGCUUGCAAGACCAGUCUCCGGGGCCCAACGACAAGCCUUCCGCACCGCAAGAUCUGGGGAUGCCACUGGAUGACACCCUAGCUCCUCCUGCUCCCUUUCCUCACCGGAUGGUCACUGCCAAAAAAGCCGCCAUCAGCAGUUUUUAUGCCGUGGACAGAUCGGAAAUUCUAGGAGGGGGGCGCUUUGGCCAGGUUCACAGGUGCGAAGAGAAAGCCACGGGCCUGAAGCUGGCGGCCAAGAUCAUCAAGACCAGGACUGCCAAGGAGAAGGACGAAGUGAAGAACGAGAUCAACAUCAUGAACCAGCUGGAUCACGUGAAUCUCAUCCAGCUCUACGACGCCUUCGAGUCCAAGAACGACUGCAUCCUGGUCAUGGAAUAUGUGGACGGGGGUGAGCUGUUCGACCGCAUCAUUGACGAAAGCUACCGCCUGACGGAGCUCGACGUCAUCCAGUUCACCAGGCAGAUCUGCGAGGGCGUCCGGCACAUGCACCAGAUGUACAUCCUGCACCUGGACCUGAAGCAUCACCGCCACAUUCCCCUCAGAACCCUCCCCCCUACCAUCACCAUCAUCACCACUGCCACCUCCACUACCAUUAUCACUAGCAUCAGCACCAGCAUCUCAACCACCACCUCCACUACUGUUAUCACCAACGCCAGCAUCAGCAUCUUGCCACUGCCACCCUGCCAUUACCACCACCACCACUAUCAUGACUUCCUUAUCAUGUCCCUUUCAUCCUUAGCCCGA